AUGGGUGAAGAUAGAAGUUGGAUGUAUUUUUCUAGAUGGGUGCCUGAAUUUGAAAAUGGGUUCAACUUUCUGAACAUAUCAUUUGCUAAAGCAUCUUCGGGAGGUCAAAUUAAAUGUCCUUGUAGGCGGUGUAAAAAUCGAUAUUGGUAUCGUAGAGACGAGGUGUAUAAUCAUGUGAAAAGUGAGGGAUUUGUGGAAAAUUAUGAUUUGUGGAUUUUUCAUGGAGAGGAUCCAUCAUCAUUGAAAACUGCAAGAGAUUUAGAUAAUGAUGUUCCAAGAAUGCAUGAUAACAUUGAUGAAUUAUUACAUGAUAGAUUUAGAGAUGUCAUAGAGGAAACAAGUAAUGUACAGCAAGGUCCAAAUGAGGAAGCCAAAAAGUUCUAUAGAUUAGUUGAAGAGGGUAAACAAGAGCUAUAUCCUGGGUGCAAGAAUUUUUCUAAACUUUCUUUCAUCAUUAGGUUGUUUAUCUACAAGACACUUCAUGGACUUAGUAAUGCAGCAUUAAAUGAUCUUCUACAGCUCUUAAGGGAAAUGAUUCCGGAUGCAAAGCUUCCAACAAAUUUUAAUGAAGCUAGAAACAUAUUGAGGAAUUUGGGUUUGGAUUGUCAAAAAAUUUAUGCAUGUCCUAAUGAUUGUAUGUUAUUUUGGAAAGAUCAUGAAAAUGAUAAUGAGUGUCAUACAUGUCAUGCUUCUAAGUGGAAGCAAUCACAAGAAAAAGAUGGCAAGAAACCAAAUAAUGAGGCUGACAAAAUACUGUCAAACAUUCCAGCUAAAGUAUUGUGGUAUUUUCCUCUAAAAUCCCGAUUGCAAAGAUUAUUUAUGUGUGCUGAAUCUGCUAAGUAUAUGACAUGGCAUGAUAGAGGGCGUCCUAAAGAUGGUAAUCUAAGACAUCCGGCUGACGGGAAAGCUUGGAAAGAGUUUGAUAUGUUGUAUCCUGAUUUUGCAAAAGAACCUAGAAAUGUAAGGCUAGGUUUGGCUAGUGAUGGUUUUAAUCCAUUUCGAACAAUGAGUAUUGCUCACAGUACAUGGCCUGUGGUGUUGGUUAACUAUAAUUUACCACCUUGGAUGUGUAUGAAGCCAGAGUACUUUAUUUUGUCUUUGCUAAUUCCUGGCCCUGAAUCUCCUGGGAAUAAUAUUGACGUCUACUUGCAACCCUUGAUUGAUGAGUUAAAUGAGUUGUGGAAUGAUGGGCUAGAAACAUAUGAUAAGUUAAAAAAUGAAACUUUUCAAAUGUAUGCAGCCCUAACAUGGACCAUUAAUGACUUCCCAGCUUAUUCAAUGUUGUCGGGUUGGAAAACUAAGGGAAAGUUUGCUUGCCCUUUGUGUAAUUAUGAAACUAGUUCUUUGUACUUGAAUCACAGUAGGAAAACAUGCUAUAUGGACCAUCGCAGAUUUUUAGACUUGGACCAUCCAUGGCGUCGUAAUAAGAGUUCUUUUAAUGGGCAUACUGAGGAUAGGCCACCUCCAACCCCUUUGUCCGGGGUUGAGGCUUUGAGAGACUUGUCUAGCUUUAAGAAUGAAUUUGGGAAGACUCAGAAGAAAAAAAAUGAUGCCACAUGUCCUUGGAAAAAGAAGUCAAUAUUUUUUGAAUUGCCAUAUUGGCAAUUCAAUUUAUGUCGGCACAAUCUUGACGUGAUGCACAUUGAAAAAAAUAUAUGUGACAGCUUGAUAGGGACAUUGUUGGAUGUAGCUGGUAAGUCAAAGGAUCAUGCAAAAGCUCGAUUUGACCUUAUAGAAUUGGGAGUUAAAGAAAAACUUCAACCUGAGCUAUCUCUUGAUGGUGAGCAUGUUGUUUUGCAAAAGGCAUGUUAUGCUAUGUCUCGAAUUGAAAAAGAUAUUUUCUGUCGUGCCAUAAAGGGAGUCAAACUGCCUUAUGGGUGUGCAUCAAACAUAGCAAGGUGUGUACGCACUUCAGAAAGAAAAGUGGCUGGUUAUAAAAGUCAUGAUGCUCACAUUUUACUACAGUACCUGCUUCAAGUAGCGGUUAGGAAAUCCCUCCCCAAACAUGUUGCAAUCCCUUUGAUUAGAUUGGGUGCUUUCUUUCGAUGUUUGUGUAGUAAGGUUGUUAAGCCUGAAGACCUCAAUCAGUUGGAAAUAGAAAUUGUUGAAAUAUUAUGCGAGCUUGAGAAGAUAUUCUUACCAGCCUUUUUCGAUAUUAUGGUGCACUUACCGAUUCACUUGGUAAAUGAAGUUAGGCUUGGUGGACCAGUGCAAUAUCGAUGGAUGUUUUCUAUUGAAAGAUAUCUGGGUAAAUUAAAGUCUUAUGUACGAAAUCGAAGUGAACAUCAAUUUCAUAUUAAUAGACAACCAGGAAGAAGUAGAUGGGCACGAGCACAAAACCACAGCAAUCAGUUUACCAAUUGGCUGAGAGAAAAAGUGAUUAACCAUAGUGUCUCUGAUCACAUUUUUUGGUUAGCAAAAGGUCCAUGUCCUACAGCUAGAAGAUUUACUGGGUAUUAUGUCAAUGGAUAUAGAUUCUAUACAAAACUGCGUGAUGCAAAAUGUAAGACUCAGAAUAGUGGAGUUUCUGUAAUAGCAUCAACUCCUAGCUUUGCAAGCUCAAGGGACAAAAAUCCUGUGGUUGGAGAUGUUGACUACUAUGGUGCAAUAAUUGAAAUAAUGGAACUCAAUUAUUGGUCCAAAUCCAAAGUAGUUUUGUUCCGUUGUGAGUGGUACCAAGUGGAGAAAGAUGACUAUGGUCUUCCUUGUAUUAAUAUGAAGAAGCUGUGCUCUUUAAAUGAUCCUUAUGUCAUGCCUUCUCAAGUACAUCAAGUGUUUUAUGUACCAGAUCCUCUAGUAGAUGACCUUCAAUAUGUUAUGAAUCGUGUUCCUAGAGAUCUAUAUGAGGGUGAUUAUGGUAUAAAUGAUGGAAACACAUACUGGUCCGAACUUCAUGAUAAUGAUGUAUAUCCAAUUUCACAAGUUGGGGUUGAAGACAUUCAGCUAUCAAGAGAGGAUAUACGUCCGAUCAUUAUUGGUGUAAAUACAAAUUUGGAAGACAUAGAUGUCGAUGAUGACAAUGAUGAUGAUUCUAUUGAUGAAACUUUAUGGGAUUGGAUGAAUGCCGAUGAAGAACAAGAAGCUGAUAAUGAUUGA